AUGAUAAUACUCUGUGGAUUCAAAAAGACAGAACAACAAAAAGUAAUAAAAAAGAAGACAAAGCCUCCACCGCGAGAACCGUUACCGACGGAACAACUACUCCAAGCUCCACCCAAUCGUCACUGGCCGACGCUAGCUGUCGUACCAGAAUCGCAGCCGUCAUCAUCGGUCACCUCCAAUUCCACCGCCGUCGUUCGAUUCUGCAUCAUCCGAUCUCAGAUCCGCAACUGCUGUAAAGCCACAACCAUUCAUCACCACCAUCGACCCAACACGCGAACCAUUCCGCUAGCAAUCCGUCACCGUCAACUGCAUAUCAAUUCGGUAACUGUAAUUUCCCUUUGUUUUUAUUUUGUUGAAUCAUGUGCGUUUGUUUUAGUUUGUGAAAUUAUUGAUGAGAAUGAAAUGGUUUAG